AUGUUUAACAAAUUCAAGGACCAAGUAUCACAAGCUGCUCAAGGUGCAACUGCUUUUGGACAGCAAGCUGGACGCAGCAUCAGUGACUAUGCCGAAAAGUCAGGAGCGACCAAGUUUAACUCGCCUGUUGUUGGUACAUUGAGUGAAGAGUCUGCCAAGGCUGCAAGGAUCCUCGAGCAGUUUAUCCUCAAAGAGGAGAUCGAGAAUGGAUUUGAUACGGUGAUUCCUGUCAAGGUGAUCAAGGAAGCCAAAGGCUUAGCCAUCUUUACAGUUGUCAAGGCUGGCUUUUUAUGGAGUGGACGUGCAGGAAGCGGCAUUGUUGUUGCAAGAUUACCCGAUGGAUCAUGGAGUGCACCUUCUGCUAUAGCCACGGGUGGUGUGGGUAUUGGUGCUCAAGUCGGCGCUGAUAUCACGGACGUGGUGUUGAUCUUGAAUAGCGAUGAAUCCGUACGAGCCUUUUCACGUGGUGGCAACGUUACUGUGGGUGGCAGUUUGGCUGUGAGUGCUGGUCCCAUUGGUGCAGGUGGUGAAGCAGCCGUCUCUGGUGAUUAUUCAAGUCGCAAGGUGACACCUAUCUUCUCCUACAGCAAAUCAAAGGGCUUGUUUGCAGGCAUGAGUAUCGAAGGAACGGGCUUAUUGGAGUUGAGCAAAACCAAUGCUGGAUGGUACGGCAGACCUGUCAAGGCUGAAAAUAUUCUCAAGGGGGAAGUGCCUGCACCACCCGAGUCACAAGUGCUCUAUGAUAUGAUUAAAAAGGCAGAGGAUAGAGAUCCAUGGUAA